AUGUUCUCAACUCUAGCUUUAUGCUCCCUGAGCAUUCUCUCCACCUUCACCACCACAGCAGCUCUCCAGUUCCCCCCGGUAGACCUGGGCUACGCAACCCACGUCCCAACAUAUAUCAACACCACUGAAUCGGGUACUCGAAUCGGUCUAUACAACAACAUCCGCUUCGCCCAACCACCCACCGGUUCCCUGCGGUUCCGAAAACCACAUACCCCCCCACUGUCCCAACGCGGUAUCCAAGAUGGCAGGGAUAGGCUGUUCUCCAGCGACUGUGUCAAUGCGGCGCCGCCGCAGGUUCCGUUCCCAACGAUGAAUGGCUCCGCAUGGGGACAGGAAGAUUGCCUCUUCUUAAACGUGUGGGUGCCAGAGGGGGUUCGGCCAGGAGAUAAUGUACCGGUGAUUCACUGGUUGCAUGGAAGUGCGUAUGCAUUUGGAAGUAAAGAUCUGUUGAUCAAUGCCAUGGGAUUGAUGGAUUUGAUUAAGAGGAAGGAGGAUCGGUUUAUUUUUGUGGCGAGUAAUUAUAGGCUUGGGCUUUAUGGAUGGACAUCCUCUGCACAUGAAGAUAUGGAUGCUAAUAUCGGUCUGCAUGAUGGUCUCGCAGCGUUGCAGUGGACCAGGAAUUAUAUCUCUCGGUUCGGUGGUGAUCCGGACGAUAUCACCGCGAUAGGAGAGAGUGCAGGAGCCGCAAUGAUUGGAUUGAUGCUCGUAGCGAAGGGGGGGAAUGAAACUCUUCCAUUUCAGAAGGCGUUCAUUUCAUCACCCUCUCUCCUGCCCAGAAGGAAUAUAAUAGAGCAACGCGAGGAUGUAUACAAUCACGUUCUAAAAGCAGCAAACUGCUCAUCCCUGGAAUGUCUCCGGAACGCUCCAGCUUCCGUCCUAGCAGCCGCUAAUAAACACCUCCUCUUCGACCUCCACGGCGGUGGAGGCGGUAAUUUCGGCCCCGGAAUGGGCAUCGGUGCAUUCGCCGACAGGGAAUACAUCCCUGAUGCAAUGACCGUGCUCUUCCACCAGGGUCGAUACAAUAAAAACGUCAAGGCGGUAUUGGUCGGGAAUAUGGCCACUGAAGGAGCGAACACGACGCCGGAUAUCACCACGCAUGAAGAAUUCGCUGCAUUCGUCCGGGGGUUUGUCACUGGCGCCAGCGACGAUACUAUCAACCGUAUCCGAGAUUUGUAUCCCUAUCCAGAUUCGCAGAUCCAGACGGUCGCUGAGAACUGGAUCACGGAUAUUGUUUAUGCGUGUAAUGCGCAAGCUAUUUCAAAGGCGUAUGCGAGGACGGCUCAGAGAUAUGUGUUUUCUGUGCCGCCGGCCACGCACGGGAUGGAUGUAGACUAUUACUUUUACAAAGAUAAUGCAUCGACACCUGUGUCGAGUGUUCCUAUCGCAAGACAGUUUCAAUCGGAACUUCUUUCGUUCGCCAAAGAGGAUAUUGGAAAGAGGAAUAGUACAAGAUGGCCUUUGUAUUCCACUGGAUCGAAGAUUGCUAACGUCACACUUGAUGGACUGAAGGCAACUGUUGAUCCUUGGGCUACGAAGAAGAAUUGCGAUAUUAUUUUUGAGAUUAUCAUGGAUAGGGAGAAUGGGGUUUAA